ACCUCAGAAACUCCGAAAAGUCAACUCCAUACCCCCUUCUUCUCAAGUUCCGACACGCACAUCAUCAUCUGGCAGCGUUCGAAUCCAGAAAUCAGGUUUAGAUCAGAGUCACAGCAGUUCGAGAGAGAGCGAAAGCGAAAGAUGGAGGGGAUGCUGCUGCCCAGGGAGUACGGAUACGUGGCCCUCGUGCUCGUGUUCUACUGCUUCCUCAACUUCUGGAUGGCUGCCCAAGUCGGCAUGGCUCGCAAGAAGUACAAGGUGUUUUACCCGACUCUCUACGCCUCCGAAUCCGAGAACAAGGAAGCCAAGCUCUUCAACUGUGUCCAGAGAGGGCACCAGAACUCGCUGGAGAUGAUGCCCAUGUUCUUCAUGCUGAUGAUUGUCGGCGGGCUGAGGCACCCUUGCGCUUGCGCUGCUCUCGGAGUCCUUUACAUCGUCUCUCGCUUCUUCUACUUCAAAGGCUACUCCACCGGCGACCCCCAGAAACGCCUCAAGAUCGGGAAGUACGGGUUCUUGGCGAUUAUGGGGCUGAUGGUCUGCACAAUUUCCUUCGGAGUUGGCCUGCUUCGUGGAGGCGAACCUCGCACCAUGUUUUAGACCGCACCUGCUCUCUGUUGUUGGCUUGUACUCUUUGUCGACAGGAAGAUGUCUCGUUUAGUUUUUGCUUCUUUGGCAUGUUAAGAGAGGAUGGAAUGGCACAAUAAUAACAGUUUGUUAGCUAGACCGGUUCGAUUCAGUUUGAACUGGCAGUCAUGUAGCUUUUGAAGAUUAAAUCAAUGAGAUGAGUUUGGCUUUUCCCUUUUGGGGG